CCGAGCCACGCCUUACGCACGCGCCAGCCACGGGACGCGCGGGGAUCCGUGCCAUGGGAUGCAACAGAUCCGCGCCUGGCGCAAGCCCGCGGAGGAGCCGCACGCGGCCUCCGCGCUGGCGGCCUCGGCUGCAUGGCAGGACAGCCCCAGUGACGGGCAGCUGGAAGAGCACUGGGCCAAGAACUGCCAGCUGCAGUUCUCGCAGAAGCUGCCGGAGACCUUCCGAGACGCCGGCGAGGGCUACACGCUGCUGCUGGACCGGCACCAGGAUGGCGCUCUGGGGGAGUUCCUCGAGAAGGUGCACAAGAAGCUGGCCCGCACCAGCGAUGCGGCCACCCGGGUCAUGGUGACCGCUCUGCAGGUCUCGGAGGUCCUGGGCCGCAGCGGGGCGCGGGGCUUGACGCUGAACCAGCGCUUCGAGCGCCUGCUGGCGGAGCAGAUGGAUCCGCAGAACCAGGUCCUGGUGGGGCAGCUGAUGCACGAGACUGAUGCCAAGGCCAAAGCGCCCGGCGCAGGCACCUCCCGGGUCCGGGCCGUGCUCUUCAAGGCGGUCUGCGACUGGCUGCAGGUGGCGCCCUGCUCGCUGCGCAGCUCGCAGAAGGGGAGCUGCGCCUGGAACGCCGUGCAGGUGGACGGAGACUUCGUGGUGGACGUGAUGUUCGAGCCCGGGGCCUUGUAUGAGGAGGGCUCUGCGAAGGCCUCGGAGUAUCUCCGGCGCCUCGAGGGCCCGAAGCCGGCGGACGGGGCACCCUCGCUGCAGCAGAACCUCACUGGGCGGAUGCUGCGGCCGGCCUGGCACGUGGAGCCCUGGGAGAUCGACUUCGACCGCCGGGACCGCGCCGGCCGGGGCGGCUUUGGGGAGGUCUUCCAGGGGACCUGGGCCGGGCAGAAGGUGGCCAUCAAGGAGGUCCGGGAUGCAUCGCCCACGGACGCCGACGUCUGCGACUUCGUGCUGGAGAUCUCCCUGCUCUCGCGGCUGUCCCAUCCGAACAUCGUGCGCUUCUGGCGUGGCUGCGUGGAUUUGCGGGGCGGGCACCGCACGCUGCUGCUGGUCACCGAGUGGAUGGAUCGGGGGGUGCUGUCCCAGCUGCUGCACGAGUCCCAGGAGCUCCUGAGCCUGGCGCAGGGGCAAGUGCUCGCUAUGGGCAUCGCGCGCGGGGUGGCCUACUUGCACCACAUGAAGGUCCUGCACUUGGACCUCAAGUCUCCGAAUGUCUUGCUGAACAGCAGCUGGCAGCCCAAGCUCUGCGACUUCGGCUUGGCCAAGAUCCGGGAGCAGACGGCGCUGCAGACAACGCUGAGAGGGGUUUCGCCGAUCUGGGCGCCUCCGGAGAUGUUCGACGACAAGGGAGGAGGCGUCACAGAGAAGGCGGACGUGUACUCCUUCGGGAUCAUUUUGUUUGAGCUGGCGAGCCGCAAGCUGCCAUAUGCGGACGUGGGCCAGAUGCAGCUGCCGCGGGUCAAGGCCAAAGGCCAGCUGCCAAAGUUCGAGAAGGACCUGGACACGGAGCUGGCGGAGCUGCUGCGGCUGUGCCUGGCGCCGCGGCCCCCGGCGCGGCCCGCCAUGGGGCUGAUGAUCUCGAAGCUCCGAGACUUCUGCAAGCAGAGAGGCAUCGACCUGGAGGAAGAGCAGGUGGCCAUGGAGCAGCGGGGCCUGCACUUCGCGGGGCCCUUGGGCUCCACGCCCCACGUGGAGCAGCUGCGCCGGGCUGAGGGGGAGAAGCGGCGAGCGGAGCAGGAGCUUGCGCGGCUGCGGAGGCUGCUGGCAGAGGAGGAGGCGCGCGUGCGGCGGCUCGAGGCUGGCAGCGCUCCGCAAAGUGCCGCGGAGGAGCAGCGCUUCGCCGAGUUCUGCGCACAGCGCACGCAGGCGGUCGAGGACUCCAAGUUCCGGUGCCUGCUGUGCCGGAAGCUCUUCCGCGGCCCGGAGUUCGUGCACAAGCACCUCCGGGAGCGGCACUGGGAGGACUUCCUGGGCGUCGAGCCCGGCGCUUUCGGCGGCAGCGGCAGCGGUGGAGGCAGCGCCGUGCGCUUCGAGGAGGAGAAGGACCAGUUCUUCGACGCGGACGUGGCGGAGGAGACCAGCGCUUCCCAGUACACCCAGAAGCUGGGCUGUGCCGCGACGGGCUUCAGCCAGGCCGUGCAGGACGCUGCCGAGAAGGGCGACCUGGCGUGCCUGCAGCAGGUGAUGCAGCAGGGCGCAGCCGCUUUGAACCAACACGAUGUGGACGGCACCUGCCCAUUGCACCUGGCCGCUAAGCAGGGCCACGCGGAGUGCGUGCAGCUGCUGCUGCAGGCGGCGGCCGCACCCUCGGAGGCGGACGACAACGGGCACCAGGCGCUGCACCUCGCGGCGCAGGAAGGGCACCAGGAGGUGGUGGAGUUGCUCCUGCAAGCCGGCGCCGCAUGCGAUGCGUGCGGGGAGGCGAAGCAGCGCACGGGUUUGCACCUGGCGUCGGCCAACGGUCACGUGCCAGUCUGCUCCGUGCUGUUGCUGCAGAAGGCCAACGUGAACCUCCAGGACGGCGAUGGGGAGAGCCCCUUGCACAAGGCCGCUCGCUUCGGCGACUUGGAGCUCUGCGAGCUGAUUCUGAGCUGGGGCGCCUCGGUGACCCUCGCGGACAACGACGGCUGGCGGCCCCUCCAUGAGGCGGCGCGCUGGGGGGACGGGCAGCUGGUGGAGGCGCUGCUGCGGCGGGGCGCGGACCUGCGGGCGGUGUCCAACGACGGCGAGAGCGCGCUGCACGUGGUUCCUGGGGGCUAUGCGGAGUUGGAGGUGGUUCAGGUGCUUUUGGCCUGGCAAAGCGACGUGAACAGCCGGGACUACGACGGGGAGACCCCGUUGCAUCUGGCGGUGAAGCUCGGGGAUGUUGAGCUCGCCGGGCUCUUGCUGCAGCAAGGCGCCGACGCCAACGCCACCAACACGCAGGGAUGCACCCCGCUGGACUUUGCAAAGAAGGACGAGGUUCGCUGGCUGCUGCGAUCCCACAAGGGCCGCAAGGGCACCGGCGCUCUGUGAGGGCACGCGGCACUCGUUCGCCGCGCCGCAACGCGCUUUGAAGAGCGCAGAUGGGCGGUCCUGCAGGGUUGGCCAACGAAGACUUUGAU